AUGGCUUUGAAUUCAUCUUCCCUCCAACAUCUGCGCCCGGGCUCCAUCUAUCCGACAUUUGAGAUUAUAUGGGGUUCUCAUCCUCUUUGGCCUACUCCCUUGUUGAAUGAUGCACUGCCAUCAGCACCCGACAGGAUCCGAAUCUUAGUCCUCGAUUCCUCUUUUAACCCCCCUACACUUGCUCAUUUGGCACUGGCAAAGUCAAACAGGCCUGAAGGUGACUAUGACGCGAAAUUGCUUUUACUCUCUGUACGGAAUGCAGAUAAAGAGCUCAAACCGGGCGACGCGACCCACGUUCAACGACUGGAGAUGAUGAUGGAGCUAGCAGAAGAUCUCCGAGAUGCGAACGCUCACGAGUCGAACAAUAACGUCGCUGUCGCCAUUAUCGACGAGCCUACUUUUGUUGGAAAAUCAAAACUCCUUCGCGCGUUGCUCAAAGAGAAACUUCGCGCUAUGAGCCUGAUGCCUGAAGUGGAGCUAACAUUCAUUUUGGGAUUCGAUACCCUCGAGAGACUGUUUGAUACAAAAUAUUACGAGUCAUCGGAGGAGAAGAUGUUCAAAGCCCUACAAGGCUUCUUUGCACCUCCGCCCAAUCCUGGCUCCUCCACUACUAACGAUGAGUCAGGCGAUGGCUCCAGUAUUGUUUGUGCACGUCGGAAUCCCUCUUCUUACCCACAUCCCUCACAUCCUGCGCCUAAUUCCAACUCCUCACCGCCCUCAUCAGCAGAGGUGCCGGUGAACUCUCAUCAUCAAACAAUUUCCACCUUCCUCACCUCAGUCGCGCUUCCCUCCUCCUGUGUGUCUAUGAUUGAUAUCGGGAAAGACGUCUGGAGCAUUAGUUCCAGUGAGGUUCGGAAGAGCGUUAAGAUGGAAAGUGACCCAGGAACGAAGUCAAUGGAGGAGGAGGAGGGAAGUCAAGGAAGCGAAGUCAAUAAACGGAGUCGUCAAUGGAGUGAAAUGGUCACUGGGCGUGUGAGGAGAUAUAUCAUUGAUAACAGGCUGUAUAAAUGA